AUGGCUGCUCCCAUUGCACUCAUUCAAGGGGCUAGUAGAGGAUUGGGGCUUGAAUUUUGCAAACAUAUCUUAAAAUGUAAAACCCCCGCCGGUAUUAUAGCGACAUGCAGAAACCCGGAUGGAGCUGCAGAACUGCGGGGCCUGGCCGGUCAACACCCGGGCAGGCUGACGGUGCUCCGGCUGGACGUGAGCCGGGAGGAGGACAUCCGUGAAGCUGCGCAGCGGGUUAAGGAGAGCUUCGGUCGGCUGGAUCUGAUUGUCAACUCCUCGGCUAUGCUUCACCCCUCCGGGAAAGGAGAGACCAGCCUGAGAGAUGUUUCUGCUCAGGGUAUCAUCUCCACCUUGACGACCAACACAGUCGGUCCACUGGUCAUGGCGAAGUAUUUUGCCCCCCUCCUACAAAAGGGUGGAGGGGGCUUCGGUCAGCAGCCUGCAGAGAAAGCCAAGCAGCACAGCGGCAUCAUUGUCAACAUCACCGCCAAAGUGGGAUCCAUUGGUGACAACGGUCUUGGUGGUUGGUACAGCUACAGACUGUCUAAAGCAGCUCUCAACAUGGCUACAAGGAAUCUAUCUAUAGAGCUCGGCCGCAGUCGACCCAAGGUGGUGUGCGUCUCUUUACACCCAGGAACAGUCAACACAGACCUCUCUCGGCCGUAUCACAAGAACGUACCAAAGGACAGGCUGUUCAGUACUGAACACUCAGUGACCUGUCUGAUGAGCAUCAUAGAAGCACUGAAUAUAGAAAAGACUGGCAAGGCCUACAACUGGGACGGGACCGAACUGCCAUGGUAGAAUCAAUGAAUGCACAGAUGGAGAGAGAGAGAGAGGGAGUGAGCUGGAUUUAUAACUUUUUGAUGUUAAACCUCCCAACAGUGUCCAGAUCUAGCAAUUAAAGGCUUGAUCAUCGGGAUUAAAGCUAGUACUGUACAGAAGAUUCCUGGCAGAGUCUAAAUAGAUGGAGUCAAGCUUCUUCCACUACCUCACGACCAGCCGGAGUGCUUAAAUAACCUCUAACAUUAAUGAUGUAAAUAAUGCCAUCAAUUAAAGGCCUUAAAACUUGAUGCAAUCGAAACUACACAAAUAGUCUAAUGCAGUUUGGUGAGGGCUCAUUUGGUAAUAAAAAAUAAUAAUGUGAUAUACUAAUCUUGCAAUGUAUUAUCAUAAUACCAAGUGUAAUGAAAAAAGGCUUCAAGUUUCUGGUAUUCCUGAAUACUGUUGUUGUGCUUUAUACAUU